UUUUACCACUCAAGCCAGGCCGUUGGGAGAAUGCUUUCCGGGGCCCUACAGACCGCGAUCCAGGAGACAAUGGCCGACGCCCACGGCAUCCGCGGGUGGCAGUGGACAUUCAUCAUCAACUGCGUGAUGAUCAUUAGAAUGGCGCUGAUCGGGCCCUUCCUGAUACCUGACUUCCCCGACAAGCCCAAUCCUCUGGCAUUUUGGUUCACGAAGCGUGACUACGAGAUUGCGCGGAUGUGGCUUGAGCGCUUCCGCCGCAUUGGUGUCAGGCCCAUCAAGCUGGCGAGUUUUAAACGGACGUUCUCCUGGCCCAAACUUUACCUGGUUUGCUACCUGUAUGUGGGCAUGUUAAUUGCGGUAAGCGGGAUCGACUACUUCCAGCUGUGGCUCAAGAGCCUUGUGCGCUCCGAUGGUGCCAAUGUGUGGGGCAUUACACGGCCGAACGCGAUCCCGAUGGGCGGGCGGGCGAUGCAGCUCGUAGGCGUCUGGACUGCAGCCUACUGCUGCGACCUCUUCCGCACGCGCUGGGCUGUCCUUCUCGCCAUAUGCUUCGUCGGCAUUCCAAGCUGCAUCAUCAUGUCCGUAUGGGACGUUCCAACCUCAGCCAAGUACUACGCCUACUUCAUCCUGUACAUGCUCCAGUCCCACGGGCCGCCCUUGUGGGCGUGGCUCUCCGACAUGUGCCCUACCGACGCCGAGCAGCGUACCCUCACCCUCGGGGUAUGCAUCACCGCGUACUAUGCCAUCAACGCAUGGUCAAACAUUUUCAUCUUCCCAGCAAAGCAGGCCCCGUACUACAGC